AUGGUGAGCCAGCUCGUUUGGCAGCAGGCUUCUGCAUCUCGUGGGAUGGCCAGACGGCUCUUCCCACAACGGCUCUUCGCCCGUGGCCUGGCCACCGAGGCCUCCUCCUCCCGCAUGCCCCCGUACCCCAAGCUCGUCCGCAACCUCGAGCAGGUCCGCCGAGUCCUGGGUUCUGACCGUGCCCUCACCCUCGCCGAGAAGAUCCUCUACGCGCAUUUGGACAAUGCCGAGGAGUCAUUGCUCACUGGGACCAACAAUGGCCGUGACGUUCGAGGCAAGGCCAAUCUGAAGCUGAAGCCCGAUCGUGUAGCCAUGCAGGAUGCUUCUGCCCAGAUGGCGUUGCUCCAAUUCAUGUCCUGCGGCCUUCCUUCCACCGCUGUCCCAGCCAGUAUCCACUGUGACCACAUGAUCGUCGGCGAGCGCGGUGCCGAUACUGAUUUGCCUGCAUCAAUUAAGGGCAACAGUGAGGUCUUCGACUUCUUGGAGAGCGCCGCUAAGCGCUACGGCAUCGAGUUCUGGCCCCCUGGUGCGGGUAUUAUCCACCAGAGCGUGCUGGAGAACUACGCCGCCCCUGGAUUGAUGAUGCUCGGUACUGACAGCCACACUCCUAACGGAGGCGGUCUAGGUGCUAUUGCUAUCGGUGUUGGUGGUGCCGACGCCGUUGAUGCGCUUGUCGAUGCUCCCUGGGAAUUGAAGGCUCCUAAGGUCCUCGGUGUUCGCCUCGAGGGCCAGCUGAGCGGAUGGGCUUCGCCUAAGGACAUUAUCUUGUCUCUGGCUGGUAAGCUGACUGUCCGCGGUGGUACUGGCUUUGUGGUUGAGUACCACGGCCCUGGUGUCGAGACUCUCAGUUGCACCGGUAUGGCUACCUGCUGUAACAUGGGCGCUGAGGUGGGUGCCACCACCUCAAUCUUCCCCUUCUCGCCCAGCAUGGUUCCCUACCUGCAGGCGACCCACCGUGGCCACGUCGCCGAAGCUGCUGCUAAGGUUGCCGCCGCUGGUCCCUCGAGCCUGCUACGCGCCGACACCAAGGCCGAAUAUGACCAGCUGGUCACUAUCAACCUGUCCGAGCUCGAACCCCACAUCAACGGACCCUUCACCCCCGACUUCUCGGUGCCGCUGUCCAAGUUCGCCGACACCGUCCGCGAGAAGAAGUGGCCCGAGACCUUCGGCGCCGGCCUCAUCGGUAGCUGCACCAACUCCUCCUACGAAGACAUGACCCGCGCCGAGGAUCUCGUCAAGCAAGCCACCGCCGCCGGCCUCAAGCCCAAGGCCGACUUCUUCAUCACCCCCGGCAGUGAACAGAUCCGCGCCACUCUCGACCGCGACCAAACCCUCAACACCUUCUCCGAAGCCGGCGGCAUCGUCCUCGCCAACGCCUGCGGCCCCUGCAUCGGGCAAUGGAACCGCACCGACGGCGUCCCCAAGGGCGAAGACAACGCCAUCUUCACCUCCUACAACCGCAACUUCCCCGGCCGCAACGACGGCAACCGCAAGACAAUGAACUUCCUCGCCUCGCCCGAGCUCCACCACCUUCAACCCAAUGACCGACUCCCUCACUGCACCGGACGGCUCAACCUUCAAAUUCCAGCCCCCAAGGGCUUCGACCUCCCCAGCGCCGGUUUCGAAGAAGGAAACCCCGCCUUCCUCCCCACAGCCGCCGUCCCCGACGCCAGCAGCGAAGUCAUCGUCUCCCCGACCUCCGACCGCCUCGCCCUCCUCGAGCCCUUCGCCCCCUUCCCCAAGGGCGAUCUCACCGGCCUCCAGGUCCUCUACAAAGUCAAAGGCCAGUGCACCACAGACACCAUCUCCGCCGCCGGCCCCUGGCUCAAAUACAAGGGCCACCUCCCCAACAUCUCCGCCAACACACUCAUCGGCGCCGUCAACGCCGCAACCGGCGAGACCAACGUCGCCUACGACGAAGCCGGCAAGCAAUCCGGCAUCCCCGAGCUCGCCGAGUCAUGGAAGCAGCGCGGCAUCGAGUGGCUGGUCGUCGCAGAGGAUAACUACGGCGAGGGUUCCGCCCGUGAACACGCCGCUCUGCAACCCCGCUACCUCGGCGGCCGAGUCAUCGUCUCCAAGAGCUUUGCUCGUAUCCACGAGACAAACCUCAAGAAGCAGGGCGUUGUGCCUCUCACCUUCGCCAACCGCGAGGACUAUGACCGCAUCGAUGCCUGUGAUAAGGUCGAUACUGUUGGUCUUUACGAUGUGCUGCAGGCUGGUGGACAGGGUGAGAUCCAGCUGCGGGUUACCAAGCAGAAGACCGGAGAGGUGUUUGCCGUUCCUGUCCAGCACACUCUGAGCAAGGAUCAGUGUGGAUUCAUCCUCGCUGGUAGUGCUUUGAACUUGCUGGCGAAGAAGGCUAAUGCGCAGUAA